AUGAGUCCCUACGGUCCUCUCCCUCCGGGAAAUGGCAUACCGCCCAGUCAAUCGACGGGCAGCUUCGCAGGAACUCCAUCAGCCGGUACAAACAGCGCGCGCGCGUCAAUUGUAUCUUCGUUUGCACGUGGAGUCUCGACGAUAUCUCCACCCGCCACCAAUGACAGCUCGUUCAGAGCGCAGCCGCAUGUCUUUGGUUCUUCGGUGCUGCCGCGGGGUGAGAGGGCGGGGUCGUCCAGUCCUUUCGUCGCUCUGAACGCUCAAUCCGUAGAUGCAAACAACACUUCUUUGGGUUCGUUCUCUGGGGUCGACAGGCCGAGUACCGCCCAAGGCUUUGGUAGUGGUAUCUGGUCUCGACCCACUUUCGCUGAUCCCACGGCGAGCAGUGGCAGUCGGUUGGGAAGCGGUGCUACUCAGCCUGUUGUUUUUGGCAGUUCGCGUCCUCAGUCCGCCGUUCAGCCUCUGUUUGGCUCGCACACUGCUACGCGACCUAGUGCAACACUGCGGAAUCCAGGUCUUACUUCUGUUGAUAACGGAUUCGAGCAGCCACGAGUUCAUCUGCUCAGUGGUCCCAGUAUCGAAAUCGUUGUUGGCUCCGCAAACAACUCCGCUACGUCGAACCAUCAAGAUUCCUGGACGCUUCCAAAAGCGUUAGUUGACCGUCAUUCUACCUUCCUCAGAACGGCACCAGGAAAUCGCAUUUAUCUUCCUGGUCACGAUCCAAAGAUCUUCAGCCUCUUCGUGGGAUGGAUGUACUAUGACCACUACCGCCUUAUCACCGCAGCAGAAUUGACGUUCGCUAAUCUCGAUGCACAUGCUUGGGUAUUGGGAAGCAAACUUCUGUGUGUCAAAUUCCAGAACUAUGCAAUGAGUCGGCUCUAUAUACAACAUACGGCUGUCUCCACACCACAACCUAUCAGCACAGCAGACGUCGAAUACGUAUGCCAAAACAGCACUGCAGGUUCCAAGCUUCGUCAGUUCUUUUUCGACAUCGUUGCGACGCACUUCGCCGAUCCUGAGCGCGUCAGUGGUGGUCCAGAAGCUUGGGAUUGGAUCCUGCUGGAGCAUGCAGAAGCUCGAUCGUUGAUUCUACAGGGAUACAGAAUGGCGUUGCCAGAGCGCAAAUUCAUGAAAACGAUGAAGGAGUAUAUGGUGGAGGAGGAGGCGCCGCCAAUGAACAAUGCCAGUGUGAGUGGGGAAAUACGGGUCACUCCUGCGAAGAGGGACGCAGAAGGUUUGGCUGUGAAGAGGGAAGCUCACGAUGACUGA